CCGUAGCCCUAAUUUCAUUUUCUCCACUCUCCACUCCUCUGUGCGGCGGCUGCAGACAACGAAGCCGAGUGAGGCGGGGGCGCGGCGCCGUCUCUGCCCAUCUCCCUCCUCCCCGUCGCCUCGAGAGAUCACCACUCCCUGUCCCUCCCCAUAGUCCGUUCUCCCCUUCUUCCAUCCGCGACCAUGGAUGAGGAAGGCUUUCUCGACAGCAGCCGUCCGGCCGGCGACCCAGUUGGCGGUGGCAGCCAUAGAAGAUCGAGGUCACGGGGCGACUGGGUCGACAAUGAGGGAGCCAUGGGGCGUGGCCACGUCCGGCCGAAUAUGGGGCUGGACUUGGGCAGCGGCUUUGGAGCUGCCGAUGCACAAGCUGGGCAAGGCUCCUCUCGUAAGAGGGUAGGCAUCGAUGCUAGAAGGAGUGAUACUGUCAACUUAGACGAUGAAGAUGAUGGUCUGAUCAGGAAUGGUUCAGCAACAAGAGAGGCACCUUUUAAAGGACUUAAGACCAACGACAUACAUCAUGUGUGGAACCAUGGCCCCAAGCACGGAGGAGGAUUUCAUUGUCGGUAUUGCAACAUGAAGAAUUCUGGAGGAGGUGCAACCCGCUUCAAAGAGCAUCUUGGCAAGAUAGUAGGUGAAGUGAAGGAGUGCCCAAAUGUUCCAAGAAAUGUGCAUGAUAUAAUGAGGAAGGCCGUGCUUGAGAUGAGGAAAAAGAAGAGGGAGAAGGAAAGUCGUAAGCUUAGAUUUGAACGUGAGUUGAUGGAUGAGAUGUACCAGAGAAAUGGUGUGAUAAAUAUUGAUGAUGAUAAAGAUGAAGAAAUUCAUAUGGCACUACGGGAGUCACUAAGAGACAGGAAUGUUCUGUUUUUACUUUAUUUUGUCUUAUUCUGGUUUUACUUUAUAUCAUGAUGCAUUUAGAGUUCU